GUUUCCGUCCAAAACGACACGCACGGACGCACCCGAUUCAGAACCGACCACCGACCCUUUUACGGAAAAGCCCUUGAGUAUCUGCUAUAUUUACCCGACGCUCCCCACUUCUCUUCCCAAGAAGAACCCCAAGCUUCGCGAGACGCCGCACCAGCUCGCCGUCGGACACAACCUGCCGCUGCUCCGUCUCCCAGGCUGCCCGCUCCGACUCCGGAAUCCAUGGCGCGCGUGCUCUCCUCCCGGGCAGCAGCGGUCCUGGCGCGCCGCCUCGGGGCCCAGCCCGGCGUGGUUCUGAGCCGCCGGCACAACCACACUCGCCGGCCUGCGGCGGAGGUUCUCGAAGAGGACGCCGCGGGGCCUUCUGCGCCUGCGGCGGACGCCUCCGCGCUGUCCCGGCGGUUGGAGGAGGCGAUCGACAGCGCCAUGGCGCGGGCGGCUGAGCCCGACUGGGCGCCCUUCCGGCCCGGGACAUCCUACUUCGUGCCGCCCCGGCCCGCUGGCAUGGCCCAGGGGAUUCUCGCGCUUCUCGGCCACGGUGGCGGGCUCACCGGCUCCUCGGCAGCGCCGAGGCGGGGGCUCUCCACCGACGAGGCCCGCGCCGUCGUCGGCGACUCCCGCGGGUACCCAUGCUCGACCUACUUCAUCCAAGGCCGCUUUCCAGAUGAAGUGGAGAGCCCAAAUAUGGAUGUCAAUCAAGCUCGAGAGGAAUGAAUGGAAGGAGCUACUGGAUGAAGGGGGUCUGGAAAAGGUGUCACUUUCAUGUUAUUUAGUGCUGUUGUACAAAAGAAAAAGGUUGAACUGAUGAAUUCGUGAGCUACCAUGUAAAAUAAAAUUGUACGGAAUUCAUGUGAUCUUCUAAUUUUAUGUAAGACUAGUCUAUAAAAAAAAGUUAUGAUUUCACCGUCUUUUCUGUGCUACCUGACUUCUGGAAUGUAUGAUGGUAAACAUGCUCCCAUAUUAGCUGA